AACAUUGCAUUUUUUACACAAUUGUACUGCGCGCGCGGCACAAAAGAGAAUUCGAUUGUUCGCACGAAAAGGAAACAAAGGAUAAAAAUUGCGAAAGUGUUAUCCACGUUAUACGUUACCGGCUUGAUUUGCAUACUACGUCAUUGUAAACAGUGGUAGAUCGACAGGAUCGCGAGCAGAAAAAGAAACGGAAAGAUUCUAUCAAUAUCAUUAUUGAACAAACUACAAAGUGUUCAUAGAUCUACGCGACAUGUUUCGAAAUUGUUUUUGCUCAACCUAAACUUCAAGUUCAGUACCCGAUUUUUGUACGGUGCGGUACACUUAGGCUUCCGAUACCGCUCGCGCUCGCCGGAUAUUGUACCGGCGUAAUUCGUUGUGACUGUGUGUGGCCGCCCGUUAAUCUGCUUUACAAUUUUAAGAUUAUUUGGAUUCUGAAUUGGAAUUGGGAACCAUCAUCAUCAGAUCACCAUGCACGUGGUCAGAAUGUUCAAGGUUGAUGUUGCCAAAGCAGUUUGUCCGAGACUCCUUCCCUUCAUCAAUGGGACGAUUCUUUACUUUCUGCUACGACCAGAGGCCUCACUGUGGGCUGUUGCCUGCAAGUGCCUUCCCAUCGUCUGUCUGUGCGGCUUCGUCAUCCAUGAGAUCUAUCUCUUCUGCAAGCAAGGUUUGUCCGUCUUUCCUCGCUACCAUCUAGCUAUUCUCACCGGCCUCGUCUUAUCCUGUAUCGGUGAUGGCUGCCUCGUUUACGUCAACCAAUACUUCAUCGAAGGACUCCUCUUCUUCGCGCUCGCUCACAUCAUGUACAUCUACGCUUUUGGCGCGAACCCCUUCAAACCGUCCCUCCUCAUCCCCCUGAUGCUCGUGGGCGGUGUCGUCUACGGGUUCAUGUACCCGGGUUUCGCCGCUUACGAACUUACAUUCCUUGGCGCCUUGUACAUCAUCCUGAUCAUUAUGAUGGCGUGGAGGGCGCUAGCCAGGGUCCAGUUCGGGGAGAACCUCUGGACGUGGACAAAGGUCGCCGCUGGUGUCGGCGCCAUCCUCUUCUGCAUCUCUGACGUUGUCUUAGCAACCAAUAUGUUCCGCAGCGCCAUCCCAUCAUCUCAGUCCAUCGUCAUGACGACGUACUACACAGCUCAGCUUGGCAUAGCAUUGUCUGUUGUGAGCCACGGACAUAGCAUUGAGAAGAAAGAGAAAUGAGUUGGUCUCCGAGACACUGCAGUUUAUUGUUAUGUUAGAAUAUACAUUGAUCAAGCAUAGCUAUUUUUAGAUUAUAACAAAAAUAUUGCUGCAUUGGAAGUCUGCUGUGUAGUGCAAUAUACCUGCAAGUAGAUCAUAUCAAGCAUUUUCUUUACAUUGGAAAAACAUGUGAAGAAAACAAAUGAAAUUGGGUAUAUCUCUAUUUUAAAAAGGUCGAAUGAGAUUUAGAUGUUAUAAAUCAAAUUUUGUUGAAUACUGCUUUGCCAAAUUUUAUAACACUUUCUAAAUGGAUAGAAAUUGGAAAAAGACACUAUUGUUUCAAAGAUGUGGAAUUAUUAUAUGUUUACUUCCUUGUACAAGGAACUUAUAAAAUCAACAAUUACCCAUGAAAAUACCCUGGGUAUAUGUUUUUAUUUUUAGGAAAAGUGAUGUAAUUGCAAUGACAAACUAAAAAUAUGCUGAACCAACACUUACAUGUAAUUACCAUUGGUGCUUGUGCCGAUGUCUCCUUAAAAUUUACGCAAUGCAACCAGCUUUGUGCAGAAAUUAACUAAUGAAUUGUCCUAAUUUGAUAAUUUAUCGUUGUACACAGUACCAACAUAUUUAUAAGAUAACUUCGUUUUCAGAAUACCUCUGGCUUUUACAUACGAUCUACAUGCAGGGAUGUUGAGAACUGCUGGAAAUCUCCAAGCUGAUUUUCAGUAGUGUACAGUAUAUAUCAAGUCAUACAGUACCUGUGUAUUAAGGCCACUCAAGGGAAACAGAAAAAGUGGCCUCUGUAGACAGGUUUGAAUGUACACUUUAUACAUGUACAUAAAUGACAAGAUGUUCUUUGCACUGAAAUCAUUGCUAUCUAAGGCCUAAAAAAAAAAAUGUUGUAUUGCCCUUUGCGGCCGAUCCCAAAAUCUUGAAAUUUAAGGUCGGCUUAUUAAAAAAAAAAAAAAUUACAGUUUUUUAGAGACAAAAAUGUCAUACAAGUAACUGAGAAAUAUUAGCCCAAAAAGGGAGUAAA